CUAGUUAUAUUAUUUGAUUUUCAAAUAAAGAAAAAUGCAAAUUAUGAGUAAUUUUGCUCAACAAAUAUUUAUGUUCAUGUAACAGUUCCAGUGAUUCAUAAUCAAGCAAGCCAUGACGCUACCCGUCUUCUCAAUCCUUUAAAACUAAUUUUCUCCAUAAUCAUAACCGCCUACUUUUUCUUUCUCUUUCUAUAUCAGUUUAGCUUCAAGAAACUGCUAGCAUGGUUCUCAACGCCGUCGUUUGGAUGGAACCCGGAGCAGCAGCAACCACUGCUCAAGAACAGCUACAACUAGAAGAAGAAGAAGAAGAAGCCAUUUCUUCAUGGACCAGAACUAAUACUAAUAUCAACUUUAAAGAAGAGGAUUUAGCUUUCAAUGGUGCUUCUUUUUCCACCUUCAAAUCCAUGCUUGAAGCUGACUGGUACACUAAUAAUCUCCAUGCUUUUUCCUCUAAUGAAAACCUUCUUCUUCACCCUUCUUUAGACUCCUCUUCUUCCUGUUCUCCCUCACACCGGGUUUUUGAUCAUCUUGACCCUUCUUCACAAAUUCAAUCACACCACUUUUUGCAGCAGAAAUCUUGUUUUUCUAAUUUCGUUAAUCACCCUUUUGAUAGUAAUGUUAAUGGCUUUGAUUUGGGUUGUGAAAGUUCAUUUCUUUCUCAAUUUCAGCCUAGUCAAGGCUCUAACUUUAUGGGUUUUAGUGGGUGUGGCUCAACUCUUGGUGAUGGUGGUGGUGGUGGUGGUUCUACUACUACCCAGUUGCUCUCUUUUCCUGAUAAUGGUGGUUUUGGUAAUGUGGGGUUUGAUAAUUUUGAUGGUGGUUUAGCAAAUCCUAUGUUUUUGAGUAAAGCUAAGGUCUUGGGGCCACUUCAUGAGGUGGGGUCUUCGGGUUCUGGUUCACAUUCACCACCUACACUCUUUCAAAAGAGAGCUAUGUUGAGACAUAGUGAUGGGAAAUUAGGGAGUUUGGAGAUAUCAGGGCUGAGAUGUGGAGGAGGAGAUGGUGGUGGUGGGGAGAUUGAGAGGAAAAGAAAAAGGAGCGAUCAGCAAGAAGGUGAAAUUGAUGAUGUGAGUUUCGAUGUUUCGGGUUUUAAUUACGACUCUGAUGAGAAUUAUGAAGAUGAUUGUAAGGUUGAAGAGAGUUAUAAAAACAAUGGUGGAAGUAAUUCUAAUGCUAAUAGCACUAUCACUGGUGGUUGUGGUGGUGGUGGUGAUCAGAAGGGGAAGAAGAAAGGUUUGCCUGCAAAGAAUUUGAUGGCUGAGAGAAGGAGAAGGAAGAGGCUUAAUGAUAGGCUUUACAUGCUGAGAUCUGUUGUACCUAAGAUUAGCAAGAUGGAUAGAGCUUCGAUCCUCGGGGAUGCCAUUGACUACCUAAAAGAUCUCUUGCAGAGGAUCAAUGACCUUCAUAAUGAAUUGGAAUCGACACCUCCUGGUACUUUGCUGCCCCAAACUGCCAGUUUCCACCCUUUGACACCAACGCCUCCUACCCUUCCGUGCCGUGUGAAGGAAGAACUAUGCCCCAGCUCGUUGCCGAGUCCUAAAAACCAGGCUGCAAGGGUGGAAGUUAGAGUAAGAGAAGGAAGGGCGGUCAAUAUCCAUAUGUUUUGUGCUCGCAGACCUGGUUUACUUCUCUCCACUAUGAGGGCUCUCGACAACCUUGGUUUGGAUAUUCAGCAGGCUGUCAUCAGUUGUUUCAAUGGGUUUGCGCUUGAUGUUUUUCGAGCUGAGCAAUGCAGGGAGGGUCAAGAUGUGUUACCAGAGCAAAUCAAAGCAGUACUCCUUGAUUCAGCUGGUUUCCAUGGAAUGAUGUGAUUCACAGUUUGUAUGUGAAAUCAUAUGACAAACUGAUCAGGCACUAACCUUAGUUCUUUAGCUCAAUUUGUCUGUAGCAACAAAAUUAUGUUCUUCAGUGAUUUUUCUUUAUUAUUUUAUUUUUUUCGUAUCAAACAUCCUUAAUUUUACGCUCUCUUUUUAUUCA